GGCCGGGGCCGGGACCGGACGCUUUUCGGGAUCGGCGGGGCCCAAGCCGGGCCGGGCCGGGCCAUGGCGAGCUCGGAGCGGAGCGCGCUGCUCACGUACCGCCUGUGCGGCGGCUCGGCCGAGGAGGAGCGGGGCCGGGAGCGCGGCCGGGCCGCCGCCGCCGCCCCCCGCAAGCUGCCCACAUUCCUGGGCGUUGUGGUGCCCACGCUGCUCUCCAUGUUCAGCGUCGUCCUCUUCCUGCGCCUCGGGUUCGUGGUGGGUCAUGCUGGGCUGUACCAGGCCCUGGCCAUGUUCGCAGUGGCAUAUUUCAUCAUUGGCAUGACGGUGCUGUCUGUGUGUGCCAUUGCCACCAACGGGGCACUGGAUGCUGGAGGAGCCUACUAUAUGAUCAGCCGUGCCUUGGGCCCGGAGUUUGGGGGCAGCAUCGGGAUCAUGUUUUUUCUGGCCAAUGUGUGUGGCAGUGCCCUCUAUGUGCUGGGGCUGGUGGAGGCAGUGGUGGACAGCUUUGGGAUCCCGCCUGGGCAAGAAGCGGGCACAGGCGUCCACGUCCUGCCCCAGAGCUACUGGUACGAGCUGCUCUACGGCACCGUGCUGCUGGCCCUCUGCCUCCUCGUGUGCCUCGUGGGUGCCUCCAUCUACGCCAAGGCCACCUUCCUCAUCUUCCUCAUCGUUGCAGCUGUCCUGGGCACCAUCCUUGUCAGCUUCUUCGCCACACGGCCCCUGAAGGUGCCCAUCCGCCUGCCCAACGGCAAUGGCACUGAGACUGAUAACGGCUCCUUCACCGGCUUCUCCCUCAGCACCCUGCGAGACAACCUGGGCGGUAAGUAUGAUGUGGACUACACCACUGGGCAGAUGAUGAGCUUCAGCUCCGUGUUUGCAGUGAUGUUCAACGGCUGCACUGGCAUCAUGGCAGGCUCCAACAUGUCAGGGGACCUGAAGCGCCCGAGCUAUUCCAUCCCACGGGGCACCAUCUCUGCUGUGCUCUUCACCUACCUCGUCUACAACCUGCUGGCUUUCCUCAUGUGUGCCACCUGCAACAGGACCCUCCUGCAGAAAGACUAUGGCUUCUUGCGUGACAUCAGUAUCUUCCCACCGCUGGUCACUGUGGGCAUCUAUGCUGCCACUCUCUCUGCAGCCAUGAGCAACCUCAUCGGGGCAUCCCGCAUCCUGUAUGCUCUGGCCCGGGAUGAUCUCUUUGGCCGGGCACUGGUGCUGGCCAAGAAGACAUCUGCCAGUGGGAACCCAGUGAUGGCAGUGAUCCUCUCCUGGCUGGUGGUGCAGCUUGUGCUCUUUUCUGGGAAGCUCAACACCAUCGCAAGUGUCGUGACAAUCUUCUUCCUCCUGGUUUAUGCCACUGUCAACCUGGCCUGCCUGGCACUGGAAUGGGCCUCGGCCCCCAACUUCAGGCCCACUUUCCGGUACUUCACCUGGCACACGUGCCUGCUGGGCAUCGCAGGCUGCUGUGUCAUGAUGUUCCUCAUCAGCCCUGUGUCAGCCUCAGCAAGCCUGGGCUUCCUCCUCCUCCUCCUCCUUGCCCUUCACUACCUCUCACCCAGCAGCACCUGGGGCUACAUCAGCCAGGCCCUCAUCUUUCAUCAGGUGCGGAAGUACCUGCUGAUGCUGGAUGUGCGGAAGGACCAUGUCAAGUUCUGGCGCCCGCAGAUGCUGCUGAUGGUGCAGAACCCGCGAGGCAGCGCCCGCCUCAUCGACUUCGUCAAUGACCUCAAGAAGAGCGGCCUCUACGUCCUGGGCCAUGUGGAGCUGCAGGACUUGGACAUGCUGCCCUCAGAUCCGCUGCAGCCCCAGCAGGACUCGUGGCUCAGCUUGGUGGACAAACUGAAUGUCAAGGCCUUUGUCAGCCUCACCCUUGCACCCUCAGUACGGCACGGUGUCCGACAGCUCCUCUUCACCUCUGGCCUUGGCGGGAUGCGCCCCAACACCCUGGUGCUGGGUUUCUACGACGACGAGGCGCCGCAGGACGGUCUGGCCCGGCACCCUGCCUUCACCAGCGCCCGUGAGGAGGUUCCCCUGGGCUUCCCCCCGCUGCGGGCAGCCACCACUCCCAAACUGCUGUCAGCCCGGGAGUACGUGGGCAUUGUGGCUGACGCCCUGAAGAUGCUUCGCAAUGUCCUGCUGGCCCGGCAGCUGGAGAGCCUGGACAAGGCCUGGGAGCUGCGGCGGGCCGCCAGCCCCCCGCCCACCAUCCACGUCUGGCCUGUCAACCUGCUGCGGCCCGACAGCGCCCGCUAUGCCGACACCUGCAGCCUGUUCCUGCUGCAGAUGGCCUGCGUCCUCAACAUGGCGCGGGCCUGGCGCCGGGCCCGCCUGCGCCUCUUCCUCUGCGUGGAGGCGGGCACCAUGCCCCAUGCCCAGGAGGAGAAGCUGCGCCAGCUCCUCAAGGACCUGCGCAUCCAGGCCCAGAUCCAGCUGGUGCCCUGGGAUGCCAUCACCCGCCUGCACUGGCAGACCUGCCAGGGACCCUCAGGAGGGCCAGCGGAGGAGGAGGAAGAGGAGGAAGGGGUUGUGAACUUCCCGACCAACACCACCCAAGUGUCAGAUGAGUACGUGCGUGCCGCCAACAAACUGGUCCUGGAGCAGAGCCCCGCGCCGGCCGUGCGCUUCCUGUACUUGCCGCGGCCGCCGGCCGACACCAGCCUCUACCCGCUCUACCUGCACCAGCUGGAGCUGCUCACCCGCGGGCUGGGCCCCACCGUGCUGGUGCACGGGGUGAGUGCUGUCACCAGCACCCAGCUCUAGGUGACCCCCAGGUCCCCCUUGGCUCCCUGCACACUCCUUUGCCCAGUGCCUUUAGCAGCCUGAGCCUGAGGAUGGCCCCAGUGUCUCCAUCCUGGAGGGCAAAGAGGGUACCCCACAGUGAGAGGUGGGUGCGGGGAGGGGGUUUGAUUUUUGGGGAUGUCUCCUGCAGAGGAUUAAAGCUGCCCUGGCAGGAUCCCGGCACAGCUCUGGGGCUGGAUGGGCAGCACGGUGCAUUCACGGUGCCUUUUCUUUGGAGUAGGGCAUAGCAGGGUCCUGGGGGGGGCAAGCGCUGGGUGCCCCAGUUGUCUGCUGGGAGCCCCUUAGUUGCACCCUGCAACCCCCUCUGUAGUUCCUCCCCUGCCGCAGCCCCCAUCCUCUCCUCCGCCAGCUCCUCCGGGCACCCAGCCAGCAGCGGGGAUUGAUUAAAGGCAGCCUCGACCUUGGUGCCCCAGCUCCCCGCCAUCCUCCUGCCUUUCAUUAGGAAAAAUUAAAUGGGAAAGGGUGGGGGAGGGGAGCCUGGAGGCCUGGGCUCCCUGUGUGAGGCUGGGUGGGUGGGGGAAGCAGUCGGGUGCUGGCCCUAAUGGCUGCAGCGUAUGGCAUCCUGGGUCUUGCUCCGUACCCCCAGUGCUGUUGGAGGGGGGCUAUCCAGAUGCUUUAAUCUGUAGUCCCCCCACCCCUAUGGCUGCUGAUCCCCUGGUGCUGGCAGAAAAUGGGGAAAUUAUUUGUGGUGGGGUCCUUACCCACACACCUGGGUCUCCUGACCUGUUUUUUGGGGCAUUUUUAUUUCCCCACACACAUCAUGACCUGCAGGGGGAAGCUGGCCUUGCCCCCUGCCCUCCCUUAUUGAUUAGAGAAGGGCAGGAAAUUGCCUGGGUGCUGGACGAUAAAUCCAUCGGGUGCCUGGCAGGUGGGCAGUGUGCCCAGUGCUGCCUGAUGGAUUGCUUCCUAUUAGCCCCAGCACGGGGGGUUGCUUCCAGCCAGGCUGGGCUCCAGCAUGGGUGACAAGUGUGGCACUGCUGCCUGUGCCUGCUCUCACCAAAUUUGGCACUGCUGGCUGGCAGCUCUGGUCAGGCAGAGGGCUGGCAAAACCCAGGUGGUUGGGUGCAGCUGGGGGGAAAAAUGUUGGAGACCCACAUUUUGCAGUGGAUUGUGCCCUGGCUGGGGAGGAGGAGGCUGGGGCUGGCUCUGCUCCCUGCUGCUGGAUCUGGGUGCCCUGGGGCGAGCACCACGUGUCCCACGGGAUUUAUUUACAAACAGUCAGAAGCUGGCACAGGGCAGCCUGGCACCAGUGGGACCCGGAGGCCUAUAAUGUUAAUUAUCACCACGUAAUUAAAAGCCCAUAAAAAGCCUCACACUUCAUUAAAUUAAAGCUUCCCCUGACUGUGCCCAUGGGCUCCAGCAGAGUUAACCUUGGCCAUGCCAGGCACCAGCACCUCUGCAGGCAGGGUCUGGCGCUUAGGGGGGCAUGGGACCCCAGGCUCAAGACCAUGCAACCCCCACAGCAUUGCAGGGCAUGCAGCAUUGCCCAUGCAUGAGCACUCUGCAACACCAUUCGUGUCACACCUGGGCCACAUGUGCCUGGGCACAGCCAGGGCUGCUGUCCCAGUCAGAGAUGCCCACGCAGGGACACGGACAUGUGUGCCCAUGGCACCACUGCAGACACACUGUCACACACCCCGUGGCACGGGCAGGGGCUGGCAUGGGCACGCACAGGCACAGCCAGGUGUGUCCGUGCAGCAUCACGGCCGCUGCAGAGGCGGCACCGCGCGCCCGCGCCACGGCUCCGGCAAACCAGCUCCGGCACGCACCGCCCACGCGGCACACACCUACACAAACAGCAGUUUUCCUCUUUCCCAACAGCCAGAGGUGCAGACAAACAGCCACACUCACACCCUUGCAUCUCCUCCAGACUCCCACCCAUUGCUGUCUGUGCCCAGAGGGGAUGGACUGUGCAGAGAGCACCCAUCUGUGCCUGCCCCCUCCGUGCCUUGAUUUCCCUGAGUGCUGGGCUGGGCUGCGGUAGAGCCCGGUGAAUGGGGAACCCCCCCAAACCCUCCUGGUGCUCUGGAUUAGGGGUGCUACGCCAAGGUCUGGGCGGGGAUACAAAGUGGGGAGGGGGCCCACCAGCACACGAGCAGGGACGUGUGUGUGUAUGUGUGUAGAUGUUCACACAGGAAUAUGCAUAAACGAGGAGAGAGUGAGUGUGCGUGUGCACAUGGAAGGGGGUGCUGUGCUGGGGGCUACACACGUGCACAAGGGCUGUCUGUAUGUGCACACACAUUGGUGUGGGUGUAUAUACCCACCCCUAGGUGUGACACCCUGAUGUGCACACAGGGCUCCAGGAAGGGGGAGCCAGUGGAGCACACACCCUUGGCACAUGCAUCUGCCCAGAACCCCAGGACUCUGCUGCCAAGUGGGGCCGUGGGCAGGGGGCUCCGGGGGCGGGUGCCCAUGUGCUGGCCCUGCGGGGGUGGGCAGCCAACAGGGCCUCGGCUAUUUCUUGGAAAUUUUGCAGCAUUCAUUUCAGUGCAAAUAAAAGCUGUCAUUGCCGGAGAAAUGAUACUGAUCGGGGUCUGAAAAGACAGCAAAUUACCCGCCUGAAAAUGCACCGCUGGAAAAAAAUGCAUAUUAAACACACAAAAAGGCACUUUGCCAUCAGCCGC